ACAAGAGGUAAAUUUAAACACCUAUGUAUGAAGUCAUAAUACAGUUAGAAAUGAGUCUGCUCAUUUAAUAAAUGUGUCAUAGUGGGUUAUCAUUUAAAAAGGCAUAUUAGAAACAUAAUACAGUUAUACUGGAAAAACUUCAAACAGAUUAAAUAGGUCGUGGCCUCAGAACUGUGUCCCUCCGCAGCCAUUCCACACUCAGCGCCAUUUUGAGUGCAGACUGACCUUCCUUUUGUUCCGCUGCCGCUAAUGGACGAUACUGGAAAUGUGGAGUCAUUGUUGAAGCUAACAUUAGCCUUCGUUCUACCGCCUCACAGAUUCAACGUAGUCAACAUCGACACGACAAAUCCAAGUUUCAGGUGCGGCCGGGUCACGUGGCUGACAGCCUGACGCUGCAUGUACGGAAACGCCCUGGAGUACAAUGGGUGCAAAGGAACCUGAACGUCACAAGACACGAGGAGAUGGAGGCGGUCAAACACACGGGCGGAUGCCACUGUGGAGCGGUUCGCUUCGAGGUCUGGGCUUCACCACACCUCCACGUUUUCCACUGCAAUUGUAGCAUCUGCACCAAGAAACAAAACCAUCACUUCAUUGUCCCAAAAUGUAACUUCACACUCUUACAGGGUUCGGACAAUCUGACAACGUACACGUUCAACACACACGUGGCCAAACACACCUUCUGUAAGACCUGUGGAGUUCAGAGCUUCUACAGCCCACGCUCCAACCCUGACGGCUACGGUGUUGCUCCUCAUUGUUUGGAUCCAGGUUCUGUUGCCAGUGUGACAGUGGAACAGUUCUGUGGUGAACAGUGGGAGGAGACCAUGCGGACCCAUGGGACCAUCAGAGCCAUGUCCAGACCUGCAGGAACAUCAGCUGAGAACCAACACAAACACUGACACACUCAUCCAACGGCUUUAAUCCACAGUGUUUGGAACUAAUAAACGGUAGAACAUG